GGCUUUGCAGCUCGCCACGCCUCGUUUAUUCUCAAUAGUUGUCGGAGCCUCGGGUCACUCGCUACUCGUCGUGAGGCAUCUUCCACUCCCUUUCUUUCUCUCUCUCUGUCUCCCUGUCCUCCACCUUCUCAGGCUCGAGCAUCCUUUUUUGCAAAGGCUGAGAAAACAGUGGACCGCGAAACAGCUCGAAUACUCGAGGUCGUCUGAGCUCUGCAUUAUCCGAGGCAGGAAAACAAACGCAAGUCUUUUCUCCUCAAAAGUUCUCGACUCAAAAUCCGAACAUGUCCGGCGAAGACGCACCCGCCCAGCAGCAAAAUGCCGAGGAGCAGAAGCAGCAGCAGCAGCAGCAAGAAAGCAAGACGCCCGCCGAGUCCCCCAAAACCGAGAGCAAGCCAGACCCACCGCCCAGCAGCGCCUCCACCGAGGCCGCUGCCGCCGACACCCCAGCGCCCGCCGCGGAGAAAGCCCCAGAGGAGGACACGUUCAGCUACCGGGCUCUGGUGCUCACCGGCUACGGCGGCUAUGAUAAGGUGAAGCUCCAAGUGAAGAAGGGGAAGCCAGCUCUCAAGAGCGGCGAGGUGAUGGUGCGCGUGAAAAUGUGCGGGCUGAACUUCGCAGAUCUUAUGGCGAGACAGGGUCUGUAUGACCGGCUCCCGUCCCCGCCGGUAACCCCGGGCAUGGAGUGCUCCGGGAUCAUCGAGGCUGUCGGUGAAGACGUGACUGACAGAAAAGUGGGUGAUAAGGUCCUGGUUCUGAACCGGAGCGGUAUGUGGCAGGAAGUAGUAGUGGUGGCGACCACACACACCUUCCUUAUGCCAGAGGGCAUGAGCUUUGAGGAGGCGGCGGCACUUCCUGUCAAUUACAUCACCGCCUACUUGAUGCUCUUCGACUUUGGGCACCUGCGUCCAAACCAGAGCGUGCUCAUCCAUAUGGCUGCAGGUGGGGUGGGUAUUGCUGCCACUCAGUUGUGUAAAACGGUGAAUGAUGUCACCGUGUUUGGCACCGCCUCGGCCAGCAAGCACGAGGUCAUCAGCCAGGGCGGAGUCACGCACACCAUUGACUACCGGACACGUGAUUAUGUGGAGGAGAUCCGUAAAAUCAGCCCCAAAGGAUUGGAUAUUGUUCUGGAUCCUCUGGGAGGCUCUGACACCCAUAAGGGCUACAACCUGCUGAAACCAAUGGGGAAGCUCGUCAGCUACGGUGCCGCUAACAUGUUGGCAGGUCAGAAGAAGAACCUGUUUGUGGUGGCUAAGACCUGGUACCAGCAGUUCUCCGUACAUACCCUGAGCCUGAUCCAGGGAAACCGCUCGGUGUGUGGAUUUCACCUGGGGUACCUGGACUCUGAGACCGAGCUCAUCGCUCAGGCCAUGGCAGCCGUUAUGGACCUGUACAGACAGGGCAAGAUCAAGCCCCGAAUUGACUCCACCUACCACCUAGAACAGGUGAAUGAAUGAGUGUCAGACGAGAGCUGAUGUGUU